CCUUCAACGUAGUACAAUUCCUGAAUCCGGGAUCCAGUAAAACGCAAAUAGCGAGAACCAGCUGUGUGUAGUACUUUUGCAUCCCAGCGUUCUCGUUGGCUGCAUCCUCUGUCAAUAACAAUGAGCUCGUUUCAGGAAUGGUGGUUUCACUCAUAACAGCUGUACGGUUUUUCAGUGCUGGUGUUUAGUGAUAAGCUAUCACAAACAGAGGACUGGCGAAUUAAUCCAAACAUGUACGGUUUUGUGAACCAUGCACUAGAACUUCUGGUGCUGAGAAAUUAUGGUCCAGAUGUGUGGGAGGACAUCAAGAGAGAGGCUCAGGUUGAUGUGGAAGGACAGUUUUUGGUCAGAAUUAUCUAUGAAGAUGCCAAAACAUAUGACCUUGUGGCUGCUGCAAGCAAAGUUCUAAAAAUGGAUGCCGGAGGCAUCUUGCAAAUGUUCGGGAAAAUGUUUUUUGAGUUCUGUCAGGAAUCUGGCUAUGACACUAUCCUUCGAGUGUUGGGCUCCAAUGUCCGUGAAUUCUUACAAAAUCUGGACGCAUUGCAUGACCAUCUGGGCACCAUCUACCCAGGCAUGCGCGCGCCCUCCUUCCGCUGCACGGAUGCAGAGAAAGGGAACAACCUCAUUUUACACUAUUACUCUGAGAGAGAAGGUCUUCAGGACAUCGUCAUAGGGAUCAUCAAGACAGUUGCACAGCAGAUUCAUGGAACUGAGAUUGAGAUGAAGGUCAUUCAGCCGAAGAGUGAGGAAUGUGAUCACAUUAAGUUCUUGAUUGAGGAGAAGGACUCAGAGGAGGAGGCGUUUUAUGAAGACCUGGAUGGUUUCGAGGAGAAUGGGACUCAAGAGACACGGAUCAGUCCGUAUACCUUCUGCAAGGCUUUCCCCUUCCACCUGAUGUUUGACAAGGACCUCAUGCUCACACAGUGUGGAAAUGCCAUCUUCAGAGUUCUGCCACAGCUGCAGCCUGGCGUCUGUAACCUGUCCUCAGUGUUCUCGCUGGUGCGGCCACACAUAGACUUCAGUUUCCAUGGCAUCCUGUCUCACAUCAACACUGUCUUUGUGCUGCGGAGUAAGGAAGGCCUAUUGAAUGUAGAGACUGCGGAGAGUGAAGAUGAACUCACAGGAACAGAGAUUAGCUGCCUGAGACUGAAGGGCCAGAUGAUCUCACUUCCUGAGACUGAGAACAUCCUUUUCCUGUGCUCACCAAGUGUUAUGAAUCUGGAUGACCUGACCAGGAGAGGUCUGUACCUGAGUGACAUUCCUCUUCAUGAUGCCACCCGAGACCUUGUGUUACUGGGGGAGCAGUUUCGUGAGGAGUACAAGUUGACCCAGGAGCUGGAGAUCCUGACUGACCGUCUACAGCACACACUCCGAGCCCUAGAGGAUGAGAAGAAGAAAACAGACAGGUUGCUGUAUUCGGUUCUUCCUCCGUCUGUAGCCAAUGAGCUUCGGCAUAAGCGGCCCGUGCCUGCUAAACGAUACGACAAUGUGACAAUUCUUUUCAGUGGCAUUGUUGGGUUCAAUGCGUUCUGCAGCAAACAUGCAUCAGCAGAGGGAGCCAUUAAAAUUGUCAAUCUGCUCAAUGACAUCUACACUAAAUUUGACAUUCUCACUGAUUCUCGGAAGAAUCCUUAUGUUUAUAAGGUGGAGACAGUUGGUGAUAAGUACAUGACUGUGAGUGGUCUUCCGGAGCCCUGCACCCACCAUGCAAAAUCCAUAUGUCAUCUGGCCCUGGACAUGAUGGAGAUCGCUGGACAGGUGAAAGUAGACAAGGCUCCUGUGCAGAUCACCAUUGGAAUCCACACAGGGGAGGUGGUCACAGGAGUCAUAGGUCAAAGAAUGCCCCGUUACUGCCUGUUUGGAAACACGGUCAAUCUAACAAGUCGCACAGAGACCACAGGAGAGAAAGGAAAGAUAAAUGUGUCGGAGUACACAUACAGGUGUUUGAAGUCAGUGGAAAACGCCGAUCCACAGUUUAAUUUGGAGUACAGAGGACCUGUAACCAUGAAAGGAAAAAAAGAACCAAUGAAAGUGUGGUUUCUCUCACGCAAGACCUAACAGACACGCCAUAGAGCCGCAGUGGUGCAAUUUUUAUUGUGUUCUCAACGAAUUUCUUCUUGCUGAAAUCUAUACAGUAAAUAGGAGUGUACUUCGCUUUCUUCAUUAAGAUCAUUUUUAUUCUUCAACUCUCAAAUUAAGUGUGUUCUUUAGUGACCCCUGCAUUUCAAGUGCCAAUUAUCUCUCAUUCACAGAUAAUGACAACAUAUGGGGAAAAGGGUAUUACAUAGCUAAAGAUAAACAGCUCUACACUUUUUAUGUAGAAAUAUGGAAAUGACUGCCAUUUGAUAUUAAUCAUACUAAUCGAAUGCCAGCUAUUGAAUAUAUUUAAUAAAAUAGCACUUCAGAAUAAAACUGGAACAUGGUACAAAUACACUAUGCAAUGUGCAGACAUGCUCAUCACUGUUUGUUUUCAUCUUGCUUUAUUUAUAGUAAAUAAAGUGACAGUAUUUACAGUAGA